UUGACAUUCUAACUUUUGCUCCGCAACUGAUAGGUGCUUACAACGUUCCAAAUUCAAAUCGUUCCGAAUUUGAAUAUUUAAAUUAAAAAGAACACUCUGUAAUUGACAGGUGCUCGGAAAACAUUCCAAAUUUGAAUAUUAAAAACAAAGAAGAUCCAAAUCCCAAAAUGAAGGUCUACUCAGUAGUUGGAAACAAGAAGAAAGUCACGAUGGAGACCAACGGCUCUCUUCUGAAAGUGGUCGGGAAUAACUGCAUCGUGAGGGUGUCGUGCAACCAUGGGGAGAUCGAGGUCAUCGGCAACGACUGCUCCGUUGAAGUCCGUGACAAUUAUGGAACUAUUCAGCUGGUUGGAGGCAACGGAAUCGUCACGAUUGUCAACCGAUGGGACGGGGACAGAGUCCAGUUAGUCGGCCCUACGAACCAUUUAACCGUCGCAGGGAAGAGGAAGGGAGUUCCAUCCUACGAGGCUCAGUUGUCCCCUUUCAGCAAGAACUUGGAUGACGUCAUCGAGUCCCUCUUCACAUUCGUCAUGCGCUGAAGUGUACUUGUAUUUGUGUUGUGAAUAAUCUUGAAAAGUCGCUUUCAGCGAUGGACUGAUGAACUAAGUGAUACCGCUGGGGAAUCUUGGAAGCCAGUGAUAAGAAGCUUGUGAUAAAAAUGAUGCUUGUGAUAGCAAUGAUGUUAUUUUAUCUGCUAGCUAAAUCAAUGUAUCCGUUACGCGAGUUAUUCCCCGUCGUGAUGACGUAGCGGUCAAUGAACACGUUAUUGUAGAGUCGGCAAAAACUCGUCAAACUGUUUUGUAUCUUAUGUAAAUGAAAUAGAGUAGUAAUUUGUAUAUUUUUGAGUGUUUAAAGAUUUCUAUCAAAUGUAACAUUAUCAGUUAUUUGAGUAAACUAUUUAUCCAUUGAAUUGAACCAGUGAAAUGCAAUAAAUGAAUUUGGAUUGAA